UAAUCCGAAAACAUUCUAGCAUAGAUGUGAUAGAUAGAUUAAACUGUUGUUUGUCUAAAGCGGACGAAUCGAAACAUGCCCUGGUCAAAAGAGCAGCAAAUAUAGGUCGGAUCCAAGGAGAAGUUUAACUAGUUAACACAGUGUUCUUUGAAGAACUGGCUACAAAUCAACAAGACGAUAUGGUAUACUAUGGCUAGCUAGAAAUGCCGAUCGCACAGAGUUUUUAUUUUCACGAAAGCACUGGUCCUGCAGUGGUUUGAAGAACAAAAUGUCGGAGAUGGUAUUUAAGAAGAAUUAAAAAGAUUUGCUUCGAAAUGCUUUGAUAUUAAAGGACUGUUAUUGUGGAUAUUCAAAGCUCUAGGAAUGUGUCUUUUUUCAUAAUGAGGAAAGUAGACAUUCUACUGUUGCAGAUUUCUAUGCUGGUGACGAUUAAACAUGUAUAUUCCAUAGACUGUUAUGUCUGUACUUCCUUGAAUGGCCAAAACAAGGCUUGCGAUGACGAAUUCAAAAAAGACCUAACCACCUCCCUCUUCAUUAGCAGAACUUGUGUGUUCGAAUUCUUCAAAGGCACUCACUGCAUAAAGCUGAAAGGAAAAAGAAGUGAUGGUUCCAGUAUCGUCGUGAGACAGUGUGGCGACUAUGACUGGGGAAGCCAUUGCGGGGAUAUCUUGUAUGACUCGGGGGAUGGUCGUGGGGAGGAACUAGUGGACGGAUGCCUGGAAUCAUGUAACCAUGAUGGCUGUAACGCAGCCAACCAUAGUAGCCAAUGGACCAUGACUGUGUAUAUUAUUACUUUUAUAACAAUGCGUGUUUUCUCUCACAUUUCAUGUUAGCACCAAGUGCACCAUUACUAAACAGAGUUUCAAACUGUGU